AUGAAGCUUUGCAGCUGGAAUUAUUGGAUUGGAUUGCGAUUGCAGGAUUUCGUCUUGCAGCAAAAGGAAAGUCGCGCGAGCUGCAGAUCUCCCGUUCCGUGCAACGAACUCUCCGAGACCACGUUGGGGGCCGUUUGUGGCGGUUACACUGGCGACACCCUGCAAAAGCAUUAUUGGCGGAUGCAGGACCAGUCCAAGCCGGCGCGAGGAAACCUGACACCCUGA